AUGCCGGAUCGGAUAAAUCCGGACCCAUCGUACGACGACAAUAUUUUGGACCAAGUCUCGAGGCCGCCAGAAGAUGGAUCGAUUGAUUUUAUUGCUCAUGUUUACGUGAUGCCUUGUUUGCUUAUUAUUGGUAAGAAACUCUAUAAAUACCACGUUUUACUUUGACUUUGAGACUGAAAAUUUUUAAUUUAUUGUCUUCAGGGUUUAUAAACCAAUCCCUAAACAUUGGAACCCUCAAUUCGCUGGCGUCUGCCGGAUAUUUAUACCUCAAAGCAUCGGCAAUCGCCGAUGUUCUCUCUAUUUUGGCGUUGAUCCCAUUUUGCGUCCGUCAAGGGCACGCUCAUAAUGCCCACUCUUAUAUGGCCAUGUUUUUUCAUGCCCACAUUGAACUUCCGUUGAUCAAUUCGCUGAUCACUGCGAGGUAAGAAUGAAGCCCUAUAAAUAGUUGAGCGUGAAGAAAAUGUGACUGAGGAGGAGAUACAGAAAAUUAUUUAUAAAGAAGAAAUGUUAAAGUCAUCAAAUUUCAGCGCCCUCUGUCUUGUGGCCAUGACCAUCGACCGAUACCUCUCCAUCCGCCAUCCCAUUACAUUCUACAAUACUCCAGACUGUAAAAACCGAAUCCGACAUUCGAUCUCGAUCCUCUUCGCCGUCUCUUUCAUAUUAUUCAUCCCUUCCGGCUGGCAGAAAAUCCUCGUUCCCCAUUGGGAUCCACAUGAACGCACGGUGUACUGGACCAUCGAAAUCAACCGCCAACUCAACCAGUCGACCACUUUUCAAACAUAUCUGAUGUUCAGAGAAUUCAUCAGCCGACUUGGACCAAUUGCAAUUUUGACGGUGCUAAACGUUGGGAUGAUCCGAUCGUUGCGAAGAAUCAAGAUUCGCUACAAUUCGAGAAGAGUUAAUCAGCCUCCAAGGGUUAGAGAGAUGGAUCGGACGAGGAUAUCCGUGCUGUUGUUGAUUACUUCUGCGACUUUUGUGAUCUGCACCCUGCCGGCGAGCGUUUUGAGUUUAUUUGUCAGCAAAUCGGCGCUCUACGAUGACUGGAAGUUUCAAUUGUUCAGAGCUUUCGCAAACUGCCUACAAGUAUCACAGUGAGUGUAGUUUUAAAAUUUUCCUUCUCUUUUGUGUUAGGAGGUCAGAUUACGUUCAACAAGAUUUUUAUUUAUCUCGAUCUUAUGGAUAAUAUAAAAUCCAGGUAUUUCCCCUUAAUUUUCAGCAAAAAAAUUAACUUGAAAAAGAUAAAUCAACCUUUAUUUCUGAAGAAAAAGCCUUCAGCCUCUCUAAUUCUCGAUUUUUCAGUUACCUCCACAACUUUUAUCUCUACACGAUCUGCUCUUCGGAAUACCGUCACGCCUUCCUGAAACUCAUAGGAUGUUAUAAACCAAAUCGAUUCUCAAACUCUACCGGCGAUUCCCCAACAAUCCGGUUCUCCAACACCAAUGUGGCUCAAUAUUUGCUGACGAGGAUCAACGGGAAAUACGUUGGGCGCCAAAAACUUUCAAUGGCCGCCGUUCCUUUGCAAGUCGAAAAGAAAACCCCGGCGUCGGCUUAA